AUGUCUAUCGCUGGUGUUCAAGAUGCGCCGGGCAAGACUGCGACUGUGGGCGCCUACGGCCUGCAUGAAAACGUGCAACAUGGAGAUUUUGUCACCGAGAAUGAAGAGAGGGACCUAAGGCGUGGAUUGGGUCAGAGGCACAUCCAGAUGAUUGCGCUUGCUGUUGUAGGCGCAAUUGGUACUGGACUGUUUCUUGGACUCGGGUCUUCUCUGCAGACUGGUGGACCUCUCGGUGCUUUGCUCGGCUAUGCUUUUGUCGGUCUCAUCGUUUGUGCUGUUCAGUUCGCUCUCGGAGAAGUCACGGCUCUGCUCCCUGUCACUGGAAGUUUCGUCAGACAUGCCGAGUUCCUUAUUGAUCCUGCAUUGGGCUUUGCAGUGGGAUAUAAUAUCGUAUAUGGAAACCUGCUUUCCAUUCCUUCGGAAAUUUCGGCCAUCUGUGUGCUUUUCGAGUACUGGACUGAUAUCAAUCCGUCUCUGUGGAUCGUCAUCUUCAUUGUCCUGACUUUUGUGGUCGGCAUUGCGUUUGUCGGUAUCUAUGGCGAGGUUGAAUUCUUUUUCGCACUUCUCAAAAUUGCGCUUGUGGUGGGCCUGGUGAUUCUGGGCCUCUGCAUCGAUCUGGGCGGUGUACCUGGAGUCUCGCGCAUCGGCUUCAGAUACUGGAAACGACCAGGCCCCUUCGUCGAACAUGUCGCUACUGGAGCCUGGGGCAACUUUCUCGGUUUCUGGUCCGUCAUGAUCAACGCGGUCUUCUCUUUUGCUGGAGUGGAAUCUAUUGCCAUGGCUGCAGCUGAGACCAGGAACCCUCGCCAGAACAUUCCGAAGGCGUGUAAACGUGUGUUUGCACGCGUUUCGCUUUUUUACGUCGCUACGGUCUUGAUUGUGGGUAUGUUGGUUUCUAGCGAUGAUGAGCGUCUCCAAGAUGAGAGCGGUACUGCAGCUCAAAGUCCCUUUGUCAUUGCUGCCUCUGCUGCCGGCAUCAAGGCUAUCCCAUCCAUUGUAAAUGCCGUGGUCAUUACCUCUGCCUGGUCAUCUUCGAAUCAGGCACUUCUGGCUGGAACCCGUGUCCUCUACUCUUUGGCGCUCAAGAAACAGGCUCCUGCUAUCUUCUUGCGUACCACUGCGUGGGGUGUACCGUACAUGUGUGUGCUCUUGCAGACGGUCUUCAUGUUUUUGGCUUUCAUGAGUCUGUCUUCUGGAGCCCUGACUGUCUUCUAUUGGUUUGUGGACUUGGUGGGCUGUGGUGUCCUGAUUUCUUGGUCGUGCGUUUUGACCAACCACCUGAGGCUGCUGGCUGCGAUGAAGAAGCAGGGAAUCGCAAGGACGGAGUUGCCUUGGCACAACAAGUGGACCCCCUAUAGCUCUGUUGUUGCACUGGCAGCAUGCCUGCUUAUCUUGUUGACCAAUGGCUUUUCUGUGUUUACUAAAGGCGGAUGGUCUGCAAGUUCGUUUGUGUCAUCAUACCUGGAUAUUCCUCUGAUCCUAGUCGCCUAUCUCGGGUGGAAGUUUUACAAGGGCACGAAGUUUGUGGCUCUCGGAGACAUUCCUAUCAGAGCUGCUCUGGAUGAGAUUAGAGAUAACCCCGAGACCCCUGAGCCAGUGCGAAAGGGCUGGAAGGGUGUUGUGAUGAAGUUGUUAUGGGAGUAG